UUAAACAUAAGACUUAUAUUUUUGAAAUCCGAAACCAUAGUCAAGUAGCUUAUUUAAAACUUUCACAGAUUUGUAUUAGCCAACUAAAUCUCAGAUAAAUAAAGCUUCGUUGAUAAACUGAGGGUUUUUUCUUAUUAUUAUUAUCGUUACGCUUAAACGUCUUCCUUCGUUUCUAUUUGUAACAAUUUGAAAAACUAAUGCAACAACGAUUUCUAUAUUGAAACAAAAAAAUGUAAAUUUAGCACAAAAAACGCAGUUUGGUCCAAUUGUGCAUGAAAUGGAUACCGAAGUUAUAGAAAUCCUUGUGAACAAAUUGUCUUCUGAUUGGCAAAGAUUCGCUUAUAACUGGUUUCCUAAUUUUGAUUUAGCAAUUUCUAUUAUUGAACAUAUAAAUGCUGAUCAGUUUACUCGAGAAACGGAACCAAGAAUGAGAAAUUUAUUAGAAAAACUUUAUGAACAUUAUCCUGAUGAUUAUAAAUCGAAGAUUAUAUGUUCACUGAAUAAUUUGAACAGAAAUGAUGUUCUAAAAGAUAUAGAAAACAUAGAUAAACUAAAGAUAUCUAUGGCACUAAAAAAUUUUUAUAUUCAAAGGUUUAAGGAAAUUGAUGAACCUCAACCGCCACUAAAAACGACUUUUAAUGUUAAUUUACUCAACAAAUUUAUCGACCUUUGCAUUGUUGAUGCCAUAAAUGUAAAAAAGGAUACUGCAUAUACCAUUGAACGAACGGAAUUUCUUAAGAAACAAAUGAACUACAAACUAAUACCUUAUGAAGAAGUAUUUAGGGAUGAAAAGUCCUUGUUGCUAAUUUCAGGCAUAGCUGGAAUUGGCAAGUCUUGGUUGCUCAAAAAAUGUUUACUUGAUUGGGCAAAUAAUCGUAUUUGGGAAAAAGUCAAUCUUGUUUUUUAUUUUGAAUGUAAAUUUCUUAAUCUUUAUGAAAAUAUUUCAAAUAUAAACGAACUACUUAAUGUUUUUUACAAAGAUUUUGCGAAAGAUUUAGAUAUUAAUAAGCAUAACAUAUUAUUUGUGUUUGAUGGUUUAGAUGAGUUUAAAUACUUAAAUGAGUUAGUUAAUCCAAGUCCAAGUUGUGAAUAUCCGAUUCUUAAUGCUUUAGCAGAAAUCCGAAAAUAUAAUCAUGUAGUUGCUGGUAGAGUAUAUGCGACAGACCAAUUUCAAAAUUUGGAUCCAGAAAAUUGUAAUAAGUUAACUAUUCAAAUAAUGGGGUUUAACAAAGAUGGAAUAAAUAAUUAUAUAGAAAAUAAUGUUAAUCAAAACAAAAAAGAAGAUGUAAAAAAUUUUUUAAAGGGAUCUAAAACUGCAAAAGCUAUGGCAUCUGUUCCAUUUUAUUUAUCUUUAAUGUGUAAAAUUAUUAUAGAUUUUAAGCAAACUAACACUUCGUUUUUAACUAUGACUGAUUUGUAUGCAAGUAUAUUCUUUUACUUUUAUCAAAAGCAUAUUAACAGGACCAAUGAACCAAUUUACAAGACAAUGGAAAGUAAAUAUCACAAAAAAUAUGUUUUCACUAUUUGUAAAAUUGCUUAUAAAUUAUUUGUUAAAAACAAAGUCGUAUUUUCCAGAGAAGAGUUUCGAAAGUUUACCAGUGACUUGGGUAAAGUAGACAAUCAGUUUUUUGGUUUUAUUGAAAGGAUUGAAACAAACUUAGGCUAUCAUUAUCAAUUUUUACAUUUAACGUUAAUGGAGUUUUGUGCUGCUGUAUACGCAUAUAAUAAAUUUAGUGGUGAAGAGAUUAUUUCUAAAAAAAAGCUAAAUAGUUGUUUAUCAAUGAUUUGUGGGUUGACAAAUCUAAGUCAAAAUAGUUUAAUAAGGUUUUUGGUUGAUUUAAAUCAAGGUCAAUAUUGGUUUUGCAAUUGUCUAUUUAACUUUUAUGACUAUAAUGAAAAUAUGACAUCAAUCAACGAAGAGAAGAUGUCUAUGAUUCAUAUUUGUAAACAAGAUAAUACUGAGGGGACGAUAUGACGGCGGAUAGUUAAACAAAUUAACUGAUAUUAUUAACUUAAUAUUGUGCCAAUGUUUAAAACAACCCGAAAAGUACUCAAAUUGAUCUCACUUUGUGACUUUGUCAUCAUUUAUAUGUGAUUAUCAAAUUAUAUGCGCAAGAUUAUGAUAUAAUAUGCACAAGAUUAUCAGUGGGCCAGUAGGUGGACAAAAUGGUAAAAGUUUUAGUUGUCUAAUCUUGAAAACUUAUUUAAUUUUAUUAUAUAUAUUAUAUUAGGAGAAAUUUGUUGAUAAGUUAUUUAUAUUAAAUCCUUAAGUUACCAGGACUCUCAGCAUUUGAAUAUUAAAAUUAAAAAAAAAAAUUAUAAAUAAGUAAUUUUGGCGUAGAUGUAUUUAUUUCAGAUUGGUUUUAGUUAGGGAUGUUGAAUGCUCGAUCUUCCUAACUCAAUGUGCAUGUUUUGCUUGUGUCCGUUAUUAUGACUAGGCAAAUUAUUUUAUUUUUUUCUAAUAAGGAAGCAGCUCUAAAAGUCAGUUUUUUGGUUCUGAUGUUGGGUGGGUUUUAUGUUUGGCGAAACCUGUUUUAGUUCUCAAAGAGGUUAAUUUAGUCAACAGGUGUAAAGUAUUUAAGUACUAACAGUAUCUUUUAACGCGUGGAUGGUGUCCCCUAGCUUAUGUUCAGUUUCUCCCUUUUCUCCCUUAGGUGGUUCUGACCACGCAAUGAUCUCUGUAAAUCUUUCAUCUCGUACUUCUUUUUUGGGCUCACCUUAUCAUCGCACCACCUACUACUACCCUAAAGCUGACUGGGAUUCCUUUCGCGAUUUUCUUCGUGAUGGUCCUUGGGCUGAU